AGUGCUACCUUGUAGCUUGUGGCAAGUACUAGAGCUACACUAGGAAGUGAAUGACUACGUCUUCUUAAGUGAUACGAAGCAGCUGCAUACACUGGAUAAGCUGAAAGAAUUUUGCGACUUUAAGGAACACCAUGGAGGAACAAACUGGAGACAUAGACGUGACAGUCAAAACAUUAGACUCCCAAAGCAGGACCUUCACUGUUGGUGCUCAGUUGACAGUGAAGGAGUUCAAGGAGCACAUUGCACCUUCAGUGGGUAUCCCUGUAGACAAACAGAGGCUGAUCUACCAAGGCAGAGUGCUACAGGAUGAAAGGACUCUGGCUGACUACAAUGUGGGUGGCAAGGUGAUACAUCUUGUGGAGCGGGCUCCUCCUCCUUCUCAGCCUGGCUCAGGGUCAGGAGGCACUUCAGCUGAAAGUGGGCCCUCCUCUUCCUCUCAAGGAACAUCCCAAGUGCCUCCACAUGAUCGCAAUGCUAACAGCUAUGUAAUGCUGGGCACCUUCAACCUUCCUGUCAACAUCAUGGACCCACAGCAGAUACAGAUGUCAGUCCAGCAGAUGGUGGGAGAAAAUGCCAGAAAUGCUAGAGUCACAACCAGCACUGGGAGCAAUGGUUCUGUGAAUGUUCACAUUGAUAUGGACCAGCCAAUGCAGAGUGAGCCGAGGCUGAGGCUGGUGCUGGCUGAAAACCUGCUGAGGGACGUGAAUGAUGUAAUCCAGCGAAUGGAGGCUCGGCCGAGUGACUCUACCACCCAAACAGAAACAACGUCUGCUGGUGGUGCUGCUGCUGUCGCCCCCCCUCCUCCCUCCUCUUCUUCUACCACCUCUACUCCUUCUCCUUCUUCCCAGCCCAUGGACACCUCCCCCCCUCCAACAACUCCCCCACCUCCACAUGCCACUUCUGGACCGUCUGAGGGACCAACACCCCAUCCUCCACCCAAUCAUCCCAGUCCAACUGAGCUGACCGAGAUGUUGUCUGAGCUACGGAGGGUAGAGGAGAGACUUCAGCCAUUCAUCCAGAGAGCUCACACUGUACUGGAGGCAGCCACUACUGCAGAAUACAAUAACAAUGCAGAGAGAGAGGAGGACCAGCGGACCCUUGUCCUAACAAUGGAGUGUCUCCGUCUCCUUGGAAAUGCCCUUGUGGCCCUCAGUGAUCUGCGACUGAACCUCAUGAGCCCCGUGCCCCGCCACUUGCAUGUGGUUCGACCCUUUUCCCACUAUUCUACCCCGGUUUCUGUGCCUGGAGCUGUACAUCACCACAUCCCAGUGCAAAUGAACCUGGGUGCCACAGUGACUGUUGCGGCUAACAGCACUGAGGGACAAGCCCCUACCACUCAGUCGGCCAGCCAGCCAGAGCAGGCAGGUCAGGGACAGACCUCUCCCCCACAGACUUCCCCGUCUAAUCAGCAGGCAGGACAGGGACAGGCCGGCCCCCGGGUCAUCAGGAUCAGCCACCAGGCAGUCCCGGUGGUCAUGAUGCAGAUGAACACGGACGGCCCAGGAGCAAACCCUGCAGCAGCUGGUCAGCAAAUACCUGGACAACCAGGCGCACUCCCCCCCGACUUCAUGCGGAAUCUCAUGCAGCAGAUCAGCCAGUAUGCCUCUGCUGUGGCUACCAGUGCCGCCACCGCUGCCGCAACUGGCCAGCCAGUUCCACCCCAGCCCACCCCACCCGGCUACAACUCCACUGCCAACUCCUCGACUGCCACCACGGGUCCUAACACGCCCACCACCACCCCCACGGCCCCCCCACCACCACCCCACACUGGCCCCCAGGCCAGAGUUGUGUUCACCCGGCCUCCUUUUGCACCAAAUAUCCCCCCUCCAGCUUUUGGUACCCGGGGAACCACAAUUAAUGUGAGGGCUGCUAUGCCAGGCCAGCAGCCAGGACAGCCUUUCAACCCCGCUGCUCUCAACCAAAUGAUUAGUGGACUAGUAGGACAACUUCUAAUGCCAGGACAAAUCGCAGGUCUCGCAUCCUCUUCAUCCUCCACAUCCACGUCCUCUUCCUCUUUUUCCUCCUCCUCUCGGACCUCCUCGUCCUCCUCUUCAUCCUUUUCUUUCGCCACCUCUGGACCAACACCUCCUCCCACUGCAAACACUACAAGUGCACCGGGCCAACCUGAGACCAACCCCUCUGAGCCCCAGUCCCAGGAGGUGCCUCCAGACCUCAGCCAGCUCCUGGGUUCUCUCCUGGGGGUUGCUGGUGCGGCUGGUAGUGGUCCCGGUGGAGCCCCCUCUAUUACUGUCACCACAUCUGGUGUCCCUGCCUUUAUUCAGGGAGUGAGUGAAUUCAUGCAGCAGGCCCAGCCCGUCUUUACUCCACCGCCUCCUCCCGCUGGAACGACUCCAGCUCCCGGUACAGGACCCAACACGACUCCUAACCCCUCUGCAGCAGCCGAAGCCCUUAAUCCCGAGUUGUUCACGGGUAUUGUCCGUGGUGUCCUCAGCACCAUGAUGGGCUCCUUGGGCCAAGCCCAGAAUGACACGGAGAGCAUCGCUCAGUUUAUGCAGAGGCUCUCGCAGGCAACCAACAUCUUCAUCAGUCCUGAGGAUCCUACUGGGUUUUUUGGGGAGUUGCUGAUGUUGGUGUGCCAGACCUUCACCAUGUCAGACCUGGUGAUGCUGCUUCAUGGUCAGCACCAGCCUCUGGGUCGCAUCCAGCCUCAGUUGUCUCAGUUCUUUACCCAGAACUACCUCAGUGGCAGAGAGCCGACCGACGUGAAUAUUGCUGAAGCUGCUGAAAGUCUUGUCAACGAACUGGAGGAGUACAUUACUGAGAGCUUUAGAGAGUCGUCUGUCACGGUGCUGGACGGUGUUGAUGUCACUCAGACCAACAUGGCUUUCUUCAGACAGCAGCUGACUCGCAUUGCCACACACAUUUUGCAUUGCACAGAUGAAUCAUUUGGGCCCAGGUUGCUGCAGAUGUGUAACCAGGCACUGUUUGAGUGUCUCGGCCUCAACCUGCACUGUCUGAGAGGAGACCAGAGAGCUCUCACUGCAGUCAUCAACCACCGGAUUCGCAGGAUGUCCAGUGACAUCAGUCCCAGUCUGGUCAACUGGAUGACGAGCAUGAUGACGAUGAGGCUGCAGGUCAUUCUGGAGCACAUCCCCAUCACACCAGAGCAGAUCCAGAACUACAUUGUUCACACACAGGGAGAUCCGUCGUCUGCAACCGCCACACAAGAGCCUGAACGGGCACAUGCUACGAUCGGAGACACCCACUCACCAGCUGCAGCAACCACAGCAGAGGAGGCCAUGUCCGUAUCACACGACACAAGGCCGUCGCCACGGGAGACCAGAGUGCUGCCCGCUGACCUAGGCACCUCAGGAGGCGCCGUGCCUUUAGGUGGCGACAUGGCAGCGGCAGGAGCUGAGGGAGGGAGUGAGGAGUCUGCCGGAGAGUCAGAGGCCUGGGCGGCGGCUGUUCCCCCUGAGUGGGUGCCCAUCAUCAGGUGUGACAUGAUGACUCAGAGGAAGAUGAAAGCUCAGCCUCCGAUGUCUGACGCCUAUUUGCAAGGAAUGCCAGCUAAACGGAGAAAGACGGGACAGGGUGGCGCGAGCCUCCUCUCCCUCUCUGAUGCGGUGAGUCAAGCAGCGAGGACAGCCGGAGUGAGGCCCAUGACUUCUGCUGAGAGACUGCAGGACGAUCUGGAGACGGACGAGACCAAGGAAGCGUACGCAGAACAGGUUAAAGCCGACAUCAAGAAACGAGUGAGGGAAGACCCGGAUUUUAACUCUCAGCAGUUCCCUAACUCACAUCGAGCCUUCUUAUCAGACUUGUAAGGAGACUGAUGAGAGGCUGAUCACUCUAGCUGUCUCCAUCUGUGUUGUUUUUUUUAGAUCAUCAGCAUACUUCCCUUCCUGUCCUCAAAUGUCCCCGCUAUCUGUGUCCCUUUGUCAUGCAGUGAGCAGCUGUCUUGACUAAACCUACUGCAAAUGUGACUGCUUCUCCAGCGCCUAUUUAUUACUCUGAGUUCAUUUAGGUCAAAUCUUCACUGAUAAAAACAGGUAUAGUAUUAGACUGAAGUUAAAUCUGGUGACUUUGAAUCACUUUUAGAUAUUCUGCCUGCGCGCACACACACACACACACACACACACACACACACACACGUGUGUAUUUCUUUAGCUUCCUUCUCCCCGUGUUGCUUUGUUAAUAAGAAUCUAGUUCUCGUGACCUAGUGGACUUGAACCUUUCUGUCAAUGAAGCGCAAGAGUGUACUUCCAUGUGAUGAUCUGUACAGUAAGCUUAAUAAAAACCUUGAUACAACA